UUCGAACACAAUAUGUUAUACGUAGCGUGGGGGAGAGCGGGGGAACUAGACUUUCUUCUUCAGGCCUCGACGUCCGGGUCGAAGCCGUCGAGCACUUCGUCGAUGUAGAUGCCGUAGAUCUCGAGGCCGAGCGCGCGGCGGCCGCCGUCCGUCGGCUCGUCGUUCUUCUUCUCGAUGACGCGGCAGACGUUGCAGUGGCCCGACGACGCGUAGCGCCGCGCGAUGAUGCCCUCGGCCUUGCGCAUGGAAUCGAGCAGCGACCCGCACAACAAAUGCUUGUGCUGCACGCGCUUGCCGACCUCGCACGUCUUCUUGUUCUUGCACUUGGCGCCGUGCGAGCAGUUCGGGUCGACGUACUCGGCGCCCCAGGCCUCCUUGACGUUCUCGGGGUCCGUCCGCACGUAGCGCUGCAGGACGUCGGUAAGCUGCAUCUGGCCGACGCCCGUCUUCGGCCGGAAGAUGCGCAGGACGAACGACGACUCGCCGGGCACGUACGACUGCGACUGCAGGGCCAUCAUGACCAGGCGCUUCUUCGUGAUGGGCGACGGGUUCUUGCUGAUGUAGAACGCCGAGUGGUCCUUCCUACGGAUCGCGCCCAGUCUGGUGGACGGCGCCGCGGCCGUCGCGUCCUUCUUCGCCUCGGCGAGCCGCGCGACCGCAUCAUCAAAGGUGAUGCCGCGGUCGACCUCGACGCAUAAAUGAACCAAAGCCGGCUUGUCGUCCGUCGCCUCGACCACCACGGUCUCGUCCGUGAUCUCGACGCGGCGCCCGUCGAUCUCCUUGAUGGCCUCGUCGAACUUCUUCUCGCGGCGUGCUUUUCGGACCGCGUGGUCCACGAGCUUGGCGAAGACCUCGAACAGGGCGUUCUGUUGGCUCAACCGUAAACCGAGCAGGCGGUUCAGGAAGGUCCCGACCGACGACCGCGCAGUGUUGCCGGUCUUGGCCGCCUUGACGAAGUCGAAGCCGACUCUUUCCAACCACAUCUGGCACGCCUCCUCGAAGGUGCACGACCGCGACCGGUCGCGUAAGUAC